UUAUUUCGAGCGGCGACUGUUACCGACAACUGUCCUUUAACUGAAAUCAUGGAAAAUGGCUCCUGGGCGGAUUAUAAUGAAGAAGGGGUGAGAGAUGUAGCAUUAACCAUCGUCGAUGAUGUCAUUAAUAAAGCAAAAAUUGUCAUUAAGGAUCGACAUGGAGAAUCAUCCGCAUCUUGUUCGUUUCCGGCAGUUCCCACCAUUCAAAUAGAUGUAGUUGCCUCCAGAACACCUAGUCCUACAGAUAGUUUGACUGAUGAAACAACUGGAGAUACCUGCUUAGAAAAUAGUCAGGUGAAAUCCGAAGAUGAAUUACAAUUAGAGUCUCCAGUUGAACCAAUCGAAACUACGGAGUCUAAAGACAGUGAACAACUCAGGGAAUUCGUAUUCUCUUAUUUACAAGACAUUUUCUGUAAAGCUUUACCGAUAGCAGAAGAGAGAGCAGCGACAAAGCUCGAAACUAUGAAAAUAGAGGAAGGAGAAUCUUCCUCAAGAAAGAAAAUUCCAAGUCCAUGGUAUAUAAGAUUAAGAGAGAGUUUAUUACGUUUCCUCCGCCUUGCUUGUAUAUGUGGUGGUAGGAGAAAUAACUCUUGAAAAUCAAUCUUGGAGCAAGAAAUGUCAGUAAUAAUAAUUAUAAACAAUAAAAAU